GUACGAAGAGGGGAGAGAAAAACGCUGACCAUAACAAACUGCGCAACAACAACAAAAGCACAGAUUAGGCAGAAAACAACAAAUUUGCAAAGCCAACGCUUUUGUUUAAACAAUAACAACCACUCGUGACGUAGUCUGCGAAGGGGAAGUGCGACCGCCGAAGUUCCGCAUACAUACAUACGCACACACACAGCAUGCACACAUAGUUUAAAGGUCAAAUCUCAGCUGACUGAAAGUGCGCAGACCACAAGGGCUCCAUAUAAAUGCAUUACAAUUACCAUAAAAGAAAGCUCGACAGGCUGAUUCACUUGUUUAUGCGCAGGAGGCCUUUAUCUGGCGUCAAUUGAGUGGCGCGAUCCGAUAACCUGCGAGCUGUAUACUCCAAGUUGUCAGUCGCCACUCCUGCUUUGUUUACAACGCAACGCACAAUGAGGCUCAAAUCGGGAGUGCUUUCGGUGCUCCUGCUGACCACCUUCUUGGCCCUGGGCGAGUGCUUUUGGCCAUUUAGCAAAUGGCAUGGAACAAAUGAUAAUCCUUCUGCGCCCCCUGAACCCAAGCUGUCGCCAGUGAUAUUCGUACCCGGCGACGGAGGCUCCCAAAUGGAUGCUCGGCUAAAUAAGCCCAACUCUCCCUACUUAAUUUGCCAAAAGACCCACGACUGGUACAACCUGUGGCUGGACCUGGAGCAGUUGGUCAUCCCCAUGGUCUACUGUUGGAUAGACAAUGUCAAGCUGUACUACGACAAGGUCACGAGGACCACACACAACACUCCUGGUGUGGAGACGAGGAUACCCGGCUGGGGCAAUCCCGAGGUGGUCGAGUGGAUCGAUCCCACCAAGAACAGCGCCGGAGCCUACUUCAAGGAUAUAGCCAAUGAGCUGGUGAAACUUGGAUAUAUUCGCAGACAAAACAUCCACGGAGCACCCUAUGACUUCCGCAAAGCGCCAAAUGAGAACCAACAGUUCUUCAUCGAUCUCAAGCAGCUGGUGGAGGACUCCUAUGAGGCCAACAAUCAGUCGGCUGUCACCUUCAUCUCGCACAGCAUGGGCAGUCUAAUGACCCUGGUGUUCUUGCAGGAGCAAACCCUCCAAUGGAAGGCGAAAUACGUGAAGCGCAUGAUCAGCCUAGCGGGAGUUUGGGCGGGAAGUUUUAAGGCUGUGAAGGUGUUUGCCAUGGGCGAUGAUCUCGACUCGUUCGCCCUGAGUGCCAAGAUCCUCAAGGCGGAACAGAUAACACACCCAUCCACGGCCUGGUUGCUGCCCUCGCCACUGUUUUGGAAGCCAUCCGAGGUGCUCGCCAUGACCCCAAGCAGAAACUAUACGAUGGCACAGCUGGAAGAGUUCUUCAAAGACCUCGACUACAUGACGGGCUGGGAAAUGCGCAAGGACACGAUUCGGUACAACCGAAACUUCAAUCCACCGAAUGUGGAACUGCACUGUCUCUAUGGCGAUGGCAUCGACACGGUCGAGAGACUGCAGUACAAGAAAUCGGACAUUAGUGCGGAAACGCCCAAGUUGAUAAUGGGUCUCGGCGACGGCACUGUCAACCAGCGUUCUCUGCGAGCCUGCAAGUAUUGGGCCGGCUACUCCAAUGCGCCUAUAAACACGCUGGCCCUCCAGAACGUGGACCACAUGCACAUCCUGUCCAAUCCGGACGUCCUCAAAUAUAUCCGCACUGUCAUGCAGCAGCCGUAAUGUCAAUUGUAGCGCUUAAAUAUUCGGAGAGCUUCGUGAUGCUCAAAAUCUAAAUCUAAAGCUAAUGACAAUGCCAAUUUAAUUGUUAAAUAAAUGUAACUCGUUAAGUAGCACAAGCGGAAGAACAAGA